AUGUUACUAUCUUUUUCUGCUGGUGAAGAGCCAUCUUUACAUUUUAGAUGGUGGUAUAUUGUUCGGCUUUUGCAAUGGCAUCAUGCUGAAGGGCUGAUUCUUCAUUCUCUUGUGAUUGAUUGGAUUUUGAAUCAACUUCAGGAAAAAGAUCUGCUUGAAGUUUGGCAGCUGCUAUUGCCUAUUAUAUACGGCUUCCUAGAAAUUAUUGUUCUGUCUCAAACCUACGUACGCACUCUUUCUGGAUUAACUCUUCGCGUCAUUCGUGAUCCUGCUCCAGGUGGAUCAGAUCUAGUAGAUAAUUCUCGAAGGGCAUAUACAACAUAUGCACUGAUCGAGAUGCUCUAA